UUCAAGCCCGGUGGCAGGAAGCUUCCUAUUAUAAAAACCAUUCAUGACUGAUACACAAAAUUAUUUGAGUAACCUAUUCAAACGUCAAGGUUACUUCUAUCUUCGACCCUUGUACCGAAUACCGUGGCGAGAAAAAUUCGCCUACAUCUGUCAAAAUAAGCGAAAAAGUCGAAAAGUGCUGUGUGUUCUAUACGCGAUAAUUAAGUUGGAAGUGAGCUUUGUGUCGAGCGCCAGUUUAAAAACUUGAUUGUGCUGUUGAAACUUGUAUUGUUUAAAAACUUGAUGAAAACCUAGUGUUUAUUGUUGUGUUGUGCUUUUGUUUGUGAUUUGUUCCGCUGAAUUAUUGUUAAACGUGCGAAGGGGAGCGCAACGUAAAUAAAGAAACUUGUUAUCAUUGCAUGAGAAGCCGGUGGUGAUGGCAUAGCCGCCACGGGCGAGGAUUGUAGAUAGCAUGGCCAGAGUGCGGGUGGUCAGAUGGACUUGGAUUGUGUUGGCUGGACUGUGCGCUCUGGCCACAUGCGAGGUGCAGCAGCAAUGUCCAACACGUGCAGAAAUCUCACCAUGCUCGUGUACAUUGAAGAAGAACGGUUUAGAUAUCUUGUGUGAGUUCACCGACCAGCAACACAUCAGUAGUGCCAUGGGAGUAUUAAAAAGAAAAGAAUUCGUUAUCUUUUACCUGAAGCUUCGCCACAACAAUUUGCGAAAACUACCAGCUUUCAUUUUCUUAGGUUUAGAUAUCCGUCAUCUGACCAUACACAACAGCAGCUUGUCGACGGUGGAAGAGACAUCUCUUAGCUCAAUCGGUAAAAUGUUGACGCAACUCGACGUGUCCCAAAAUAGCCUAACGGCCGUUCCAUCUGCGGCCUACAAGAGCCUGCACCAACUACUCAUUUUGAACAUGAACCAUAACAAGAUCAGCAAUAUACAUUCGAGGGCUUUUCUGGGACUCGACACGCUGGAGAUUCUUACUUUGUACGAGAAUAAGAUUACAGCGAUUGAGGAUGAGGCCUUUGUGGGGCUGGAAAAGAAGUUGAAGAGGUUGAAUUUGGGUGGCAACGGCUUGACGGAAGUGCCGCAGAAAGCUCUUUCCAUUUUAGACACGCUGAAAAAGCUAGAAAUGCAAGAAAACCGCCUCACCGACAUUAGAGAAGGGGAUUUCGAAGGCCUGAGAAAUCUCGAUUCGUUAGGAUUGGCCCACAACAAACUUAGGGAAGUUCCAUCCAGAGUUUUCUCGCAUCUCACGCUUCUAAAUUCCUUGGAACUUGAUGGGAACAAUAUAGAGACGAUCGAUCCUGAAGCUUUCGUGGGACUUGAAGAGAAUCUUCAGUAUUUGCGUUUGGGGGAUAAUAAGAUCAACACUAUCCCUACAGAAGCUCUGAAACGACUACACAGACUUCGACACUUGGACCUGCGAUCGAACAACAUCAGUGGAAUAUCAGAAGACGCCUUCUUAGGUUUCGGGGACUCUAUUACCUUCCUCAAUUUGCAGAAAAAUUUCAUCCGUGCACUAACCGGUAUAAGUUUCGAAAACCUCAACUCCCUGGAGACCCUAAACUUGCAGAACAACAAACUGAUGCACCUCGGAGAAGACGUGAUGGAGCCAAUUUUAGACACUCUGCGAGUUGUGGACAUAAUGGAUAAUCCGUUGAUAUGUCAGUGCGACCUUCAGUGGUACAAGAACUGGCUGAGAGGCCUCAAAGACAAAGACGACGAAAUGAUGCAGAAGAAGAGAACGGUGUGUAUGAUGUCGCUGGAGCAUCGCGAAUAUAACCUACAACAUUUGCCUUUGGAGAAGUUGAACUGCGCCAUAAAAGAUCCUAACAUUUCGACGAGCGGUUCUAGCCGGAUCGGUUAUUGUGUUGCGGUUAUGGGCAUGUGGGCGAGCACAGUGAGAGUCGUUUAACAGUAGUUAUAGUUAGAGAUGUGUUUCGUUUGUAAUUAUUAUUGAAGUGUAGUUAGCAGGAUUAGCUAGAGUUUUAAAGUAAACAUUUUAUAUUUAAAGUUAGAUUUAUCCUGUUUUGCAACAAGUUAGAGCAUGUACGUUGCUUGUAAUGAUAGAAGAACGUAUUUCAAAGCUUCUUGUUAUGUAUUUCUUAGAUUUAUGACUUUCUGGGGAAGCUGAAGUAGAGAGACUUGCGUCCGAUUUUCAUUGCGUAUUAGCUUUCAACAUCAUGGUUAAAGUGAUUGUGUCUCUUUCUCGAUGAAGGUCGGAUCUGGGUGUCUUUACACGGAUUCUGCACAUCAUACAUAUCAGAUAUUCCGCAUGGAAUAGGACUGAGUAUCGUCUGAAAUUUACAUCCACCAUUCUCUCGAGUGUCCCAAUUCUUAACUAUAUGUCUUUUUCUCUAUCUCUCGAUGUUUACGUGAUGUCUUAGCUGUAAGUACGACAUUUUAUUCAUUUCUAAAUCUCUUGGUUGCGAACGCACACAGCGCAAACAUCUAGGUUUUUGAUUGGGACGAAAAUGGCCUACUAACAUAUCACGGUGGAGUACAUAUAUCAUAUCAAAGGUGCCGCAUUAAUUGUAUAAAGAAACUUAUUUUUUAAAACAUUUCAUGCACGUUCUACCAUUUUGCGAGACAGAAACGUCCCCGCCGGGGACAUUUUCAAAAUGUGAUCGUCAUGAAAGAACUUUUUAUAAAAUAAGAGGGAGCCAAAAUUGCAUGGUAGUUAACAUAAACAUAAGAGAUAUUUUAACCCAAAAACUUGUGAGCUUGAUUAUCCAUAUCAUAAUUGUUAAAGAAAUAUUAAUUAAGAGUACCUAUCUUAGCGUCUAGAUAUAGCUAGUUAGAUAGAGAACAUUUGUCAAUGCACUAUCAGUGUGUUCAGCAAAACGCGGUUACAUUUGGAACAAAACCACACGAUUGGAAUCUCUGCUAUCACGUACCUAAAGCCCUAGCUCUAGCUACUAAUAGAAAACAACCACCAUCCCUUCCAUCCCGAAUCAAAAUUUACUCUGAACAUAUCAUAGUAAUAGCUGCGAUAUUUUGUAAAAUUUGUAUUAAGGAAAAUCGCAAUUGUGCAAUUGAUAAAUGGCAAAUAUUUUUGUGGCAAUGUUUUUGUGAUCGCUGUUUUUGAGGCGUUGCCAGACCAUUUCGAGACAUAUCCGGUCGAGGUGUUGCAAAACUUCGCGUUGCUAUGUAAGCUCAAAGCAAACGUGCAAUAUUUUUCUAAAAAAUUUCUAGUGUCAGGUCGUUAUCGCAUAGAAACGCGAAGGGCAAACCCGGCCACACCAUUUUUUACUAUUUUACCGUAUUCAAUGUGUAAUGUCAUAUUAGCACUAUAGUGGAGUACUUGUCUACUAUCAUUGAAAAUGGCUGUUGUGUUUUGUGUCAUAAUAUAUUCAAAUUAUUAUAUUCAAUGUUUCCAAAAGUGUAAUAUUCUAUGUAUAUGUGAAAGUCAAUAAAGAAGUUUAUGCUGACACUUA